AUGCUGGAGGUAUCGGGUGGAAGAGCAGACAUCGCACCUGCACAGAACAUCUCUGAUGACAACUUUGGGGGUAAAAUAUUGGGAAAACGGGGCCUUAUGGUAAAUAAGCGUGUUAGAGAGGCAGAUGAGAACACUGGUAUAUCGUGUGUUAAUUUGUCGCCUACCAGGAAAAGGAUUAGAGUAGCAGGAAAGAGUGCUCCAGAAAAGAGCCCUAGUGAUGAUGGAAACUCUCCACCCCAUCAGGAAGGACAACCUGACAAAUCUGUAAAUAACAAGCCUGAUAAGAGUGGCCCAGAAACAAGAAAAUCCCUGAGGCGUGUUGAUGUUAGUAAGGGUUUGCUGGAUGCAAAUCCUCCAUCCCAUCAGGAAGGAGAACCUGAUAAAUCUGCAUUUAAGGACUCUGAAAAGGUAACCUUAACUUUGUCACGUAUUAAAAUGAAUUUUUCCAAAUAAAAAGAAGUACUCCUACCUUGAUUCUAAUCCUCAAUCCCCCCUCGUUGUGGGACCACCUUGACAGGGUUAGUGGGCCCUUGAACCCGAGAAUUAGUUGCCAUGUUUGAGUCCAAGAGUGUCAUAUAUAUUUUGAUGUAUUUAUUUGGGAGUAUUAUUUUGCAAUUUUCCACUUAUUGUAAAAUUUAUCUGACCUGACAAAUAGGAAAAGAUAUAGCUGGGAAUGGGUUUAAAUCUGAAGUUAAAUAGUGGGACCAUCAACUGCCCGAUAAUGUUUGGAUCUGAGUUUUUGGGUGGAACUAUUCUGCAGGACUGGAUCAUGGAUUCCAGGGGGAUAACGGUUCUGGGUAUAGUACUCGAGGCAUACCCAUAAUGUGAUUAGGGUGGAAGUGAUUGUAUUCUUGUAAUACUCUCAAGUCCCAUCAAGUGGGUUUGCCAACAUGGUCAUUUUAACCUUUGUAGACUGAAGUACCUUCUCAUGUCAUAUUUGAAAAUGAAAGGGUACUUGUACAUCCUUUCCAGAAAAGACCAAUGCAGUGAUAUUGUUAGAAGACUUGUAGAGUGUUCAUGUGUAUGUUCUCUUACCUGCUUUUCUCUUCUAGAUGAUUCGUUCUGCAAUCUGUUUCUAUGUUUUAUG